GUAGAUAGCUAUAAAGUAAGGAAUCACGUCCUCUCUGGCUCCAGUCUCAAACCUUAAUCGAACCAGUUGUCAAGUUAAGCAGUUAAUUCUGAAACCAUGGCCAAGGACAUGACUCUGCUGUGGGGCUCUGGCUCUCCCCCCUGCUGGAGGGUGAUGAUUACUCUGGAGGAGAAAAACCUGCAGGGCUACAACCAAAAACAGCUCUCCUUCGAGAAAGGAGAGCACAAGUCGAAGGAAGUCAUGGAGUUAAACCCCAGGGGUCAGCUUCCUGCCUUCAAAUGUGGGGACAAAAUCAUCAACGAGUCUUGCGGUGCAUGCUUCUUCCUGGAGAGCCAGUACAAGUCGCAGGGAAACAAGCUGAUCCCCGACUGCCCAAAAGAGCAAGCAGUGAUGUUCCAGCGUGUGUUUGAGGUCAACACACUCGGCGACAAAAUGGCAAAUGUUAUCUACUACAACUGGAGGGUCCCAGAGGGAGAGAGGCACGACUCUGCCAUUAAGAGAAACAAAGAGGUUCUGGUUGCCGAGCUCAAGAUGUGGGAGGGAUACCUGCAGAAGGCAUCAGGAGGUUUCCUGGCAGGAAAGAACUUUUCAUUGGCCGAUGUGAUUAUUUUCCCAACCUUUGCUUAUCUCUACCGCUUUGGGCUGUGUGAGGAGCGUUACCCAAAACUGACAGAAUACUAUAAAAGUCUGAUGAACAGACCCAGCAUCAAAGCCACCUGGCCUCCUACUUGGAAGGAGACACCAGGACAGGAUCUCCUGAAAGACCUCUGAGAACCAGAAACCCAUCAGCUGACAAGCUAACCGCUGUGAUUUUCAUUUGUUACCACUCUCAUGCUGCACUAGUGAUUCAUAUUUUUUUUUUUUAACUUGAUUUGAGUCUAAAGAUGUCAUUUCUUAUUGUAUAAUGAACAAAAGCAAUAAAAAUUGACUUUCAGUUUA